UGCUCAGAUAACUGCGCGCUUAAUCUCCGAUCUGCGACGCAAGCUGGAGAUUUUCAUCUCGAGCGCGAGCGCUUUAUCUCCGCUAUUCUCACAACAUUGGUCGGCCGCAACACGCUGCUCCUGUCAGCUAUUUUCUCACUGUAGUCGAGCUUUGGAAUCUGUCAACAUGCAUCUACUUCUCAGCUCCUGGUUAAGCGCGAAAUGUUAAUACUUUAAAUUUUCUUUGGUCAUAACGACUAAACAUAACCACGUAUGCGCACAUCGUAAUUCUCAGCUGUCGUCAGCUUCAGGUGAAGAGGAAACUACUGUCGGCUUUUGAGGCAUUCAAGCGCUGUCGCUCAACACAGAACUCUGGCAAAAUGAUCAGAUGUUCGGACGCCUUUUCUACGAUCCGGCGCUACAAGGAAAGUCUCUUGGGGAUGGUGCUACGAAUCCUCAGCUACUUCCUCACAGCCAUCAUGCUAAAGCUCCGCGGGUGUUUUUGCUGGUGUCCCACGUCCAGACAGAGUCUCGAUGAUGCUGAAAGGAGGAUCCUCUCGUUCAUGAAGAAGCCCUACUGCGGGUUCUUCGUGGACAUCGGGCGCGUGAGCGACAUCCCUCGGCGCAACAGCCGCAUCUGGACGGUUGUGGUGGACCCGGACGACGGCUCGUCGGACUCUGCGCGGCUGCCCCUGGUCCUAGUGCACGGCUACCUGUGCGGCUCGGCACUCUGGGUGCUCAACCUCGAGUCCCUCGCCAAAAAGCGCACCGUGUACUCCAUCGACCUGCUGGGCUUCGGCAAGAGCUCCAGACCCACGCUCAGCAGCGACGCGCGGACGGUCGAGCUCCAGCUUGUACAAGCGCUGGAGGCCUGGCGCCAGCGCGUGGGUCUGGAGCGGUUCGUGAUCCUGGGCCACAGCCUCGGAGCCUUCGUGGCGGGAGCGUACGCGCUGCGCCACCCGCAGCGCCUGGCUCACGUCAUCCUCGAGGACCCUUGGGGCUUCUCGGAGUGCCUCAUACCCGAGACGCCUUUUCAGCUAGUGCCCUGGAUCGUGGCCACCUUCUCUAGGGGAAUCAAGUUCUUCAGCGGCACCGACAUCUGCACGCUCCUCCGGGCUGCCGGAAUCCUGGGGCCGCCCAUCCUGAGCGUGGUUCUGGCCCACGAAACCAACAUGUUCCGGAAGAUCGUGCUGGACGAGACGGCCAUCCCUACCUACUUUUACCACUGCAACGUGCGCAGACCAAGUGGCGAGGCAGCGGUGAAGGCGCUCAUGCAUCGCUUUCCCUGGGCCGAGCAUCCCAUGGGCCCUCGGCUAGCGGCCCUUCCGCCGGAGAUGGGUCUGACCUUCAUCUACGGAGAACACAGCUUCAUGGGUCGAAGGCCAGCAUUCGCGCUCCGCGAGGCAAGGCCCCGGUCGUGCGUCAAGAUACACGUACUCGAAGACUGCGGUCACAACCUGCACUACGAGAAGCCAGAUGAAUUCAGCCAUGUCGUUGGCAAAGUAUGCGAAGCCGCUGACGAGCAAACUCACGAAAAACAGCAGUAGGCCACCUUGAUUACGUGACGCGACCGGCCGUGCUUGAAAAUUAAACGGCAUUCGUUCUAUCGAUGUGAACACCCGCAACGUACAAAUGCCGACACCUAACUCUUGCCGGGAACGCGCACUUUGCCGGGCACUCAAUUGUCGUGUCACGCCUGCAAACAGAACACAGCUUUGGGAUAACUCAAGCCGGGAUUCAAGCAACAAGAAGAAGAAAAAAAGUCUACGCAAGGAAAGCGAACAAACUAUACUCCGUUUCGCACCAAGUUCGAGCAAAGCUAUCGCUGAGGCAGGGGCAAAAAGUGCAUCGUCACGGCGAUCUUUCGUCGUCUUUGUGCUAUCACCACCUAAGCAGGAUCACGGCGCACUGUGCCUGAUUGGUUCAGCCGCUGUUAGCAAGCGCACAAAGACGACGACAAGCGCACGAGUGCCAUGACGUUGCUCCAAUGGUGCAAAUCAAGCGGCUACAAAGCCGCUUGAUUGACACCAUUGGAGUGUAGCGUCGGCUACGCUCGGACUUGGUGGGAAACGGAGCACGGUUCGAUGUCGCACCGCUGCAGAAAAACGUCGUUUUGCGUCGGUCUGCCUGCUGCGUCUCUUCCUUCGGAAGCUAAAACUGCGCCAUUUUGAAUUUGAACGAUUUUUUUUUUUUUUGCGUCGUAUAGACGAACUAUCGUGACAGUCGUCAGUCUGUCCGCGAAUCGUACCCCCGCUCAAAGCAAUAUUUUAUGCCUUAAAAGAACGGGUUGCGUUUGUCCGGCCUGGAAUCGAUCGAUGCGGCAUGCCGUAUGGGCACCCUGCGUCCGCCACGAGCCGCUACCGAUCGCCCAGCAAACAGCGCCGCGCGCGGCCACUUUUGUGUCAGCGUAGGGAUAGCGGUAGAGCUCCGCCACCGCUCCCGCUGCUCCCGCGCUUCCGUCAAGGUGGUAGCCCGAGCAGGCAUGUCGACCUUGCAACACCUGCAGUCAAGCUGCGACUGCCGAGGUCACUUCGCGAUGAGUACGCGCGACGCCGCCGCUAGAGGCGCGCGUGUCGGCCACUGAGUUAGAUCUGCAGAGUGCCCUCGGCGUUUUGGGGGGUUUCACAGGUCCCGAAGUACCGCAAGCGAUCGCCGAAACUCAAGUGCAUUGUCCCGGAGCUAGGAACCGUAGAGUUCUACUGGCAGUUGAAGUAGCAUCACGUGCCGUUUUCAAGUAUAGACUUCAGAACGAGCGUACGAGUCGUAAAGUGUCUCGACGUCUCGACUGUUCUCUAUGUUGUUGUCGAAGCGUUUUAACUUGAGCUGUUUUCGGCUGAACUGUGAACUGUUUCUUACUGUUAUUUCUUUCUGUCGCUCCUCUCUCUUUUCUUUUUUACGCAAGUUAUGUGUGUUUCAAUUAAUUUAUUUAAAGUCUCGCGCGUUUGUUUGUGUAGAAAUUGUAAAUAAAUUGUUUCUUGUCGGCC